CAGUUUGGAAGGACACCAGCCGGCCGAGGCACUCCAGCACCAAGGACAGGCCGGGCAGACUGGCUCCGGUGGACGCGGCGGCGGACGCACACUGUCCGGCUCAUCCCCGUACCUGCACCGGACCCCAGGUGCGCACAGGACGCGUUCAGGGCUCAGCGACCAGACCAACUUGGACCAUGUCCCUGUGAGAAACUACUGCUUCUGAACUGAGCUCAAACAACACUCCAAACAUGUCAAAUAACCAGAGAGACACCGGCUCUGCAAACUCAGCAGAAACCAAGAAAACAGACCUGAGAAUGAAUGAAAAGAAGUGCUCGUGGGCGUCCUACAUGACAAACUCUCCAACAAUGAUUGUGAUGAUCGGCCUGCCGGCAAGAGGGAAGACCUACAUGUCAAAGAAGCUCACACGUUACCUCAACUGGAUAGGAGUCCCAACCAAAGUGUUUAACUUGGGCGUGUACCGCAGAGAGGCUGUAAGGUCUUAUAAAUCCUAUGACUUCUUUCGUCACGACAAUGAGGAAGCCAUGAAAAUAAGGAAGCAGUGUGCUCUGGUGGCUCUGCAGGACGUAAAGUCAUACCUGACAGUGGAGGGGGGCCAAAUUGCAGUUUUUGAUGCAACAAACACAACAAGAGAACGACGAGACCUUAUUCAAGCCUUUGUGAAAGAAAAUGCUUUUAAGGUGUUCUUUGUGGAGUCAGUGUGUGACGACCCAGAGGUCAUCGCUGCUAAUAUUCUGGAAGUGAAAGUGUCGAGUCCAGAUUACCCCGAAAGGCACAGAGAGAGAGUGAUGGAUGACUUCCUCAAACGAAUUGAGUGCUACAAGGUCACUUACCAGCCGCUAGACCCUGAUGACUACGACAAGGACCUCUCUUUUAUCAAAGUGAUGAAUGUGGGCCGGCGCUUUUUGGUCAACCGGGUGCAGGACUACAUCCAGAGUAAGAUCGUCUACUACCUCAUGAACAUCCACGUGCACUCUCACUCCAUCUACUUGUGUCGGCACGGAGAGAGCAGCCACAAUAUGGAGGGCAGGAUCGGAGGAGACUCAGAACUUUCUCCCAGAGGAAAACAGUUCUCCCACGCCCUGCGGGAUUUCAUCGAGGAGCACAACCUGUCAGAUCUGAAGGUGUGGACGAGUCAGCUGAGGAGGACCAUCCAGACAGCGGAGGAGCUCGGUGUUCCUUAUGAACAGUGGAAGAUACUCAACGAGAUCGAUGCUGGUGUGUGUGAAGAGAUGACCUAUGAGAUGAUCCAGAAGACAUUCCCAGAGGAGUUCGCUUUGAGGGACCAGGACAAGUACCACUAUCGCUACCCAGGAGGAGAGUCCUACCAGGAUCUUGUUCAGCGGUUGGAGCCGGUCAUCAUGGAGCUUGAGCGACAGGGUAACGUGUUGGUCAUCUGUCACCAGGCCGUGAUGCGUUGUCUACUCGCCUACUUCCUGGACAAGAGUGCAGAAGAUCUGCCGUACAUGAAAUGUCCGCUCCACACAGUGCUCAAGCUCACUCCUGUUGCAUAUGGUUGCAAAGUGGAAAUGUUUUAUCUUAAUGUGGAGGCAGUGAACACACAUCGUGACCGGCCUCUUGGUAAAAUCCCGAAGGAGUCUGCUCUCAUACUGCGGCGGAAUAGUUACACUCCCUUGUCCAGUCACGACCAGGUCAAGCGUCCCAGGCUCUACAGCGCUGGCAACCAGCCCUGGCUGCCGCUCGCCCCCACCCCGUCGGCUCUGAUGCCAGAGGGACGGCAAAGCCAAGUUAGUGACAGAGUUGCAGGCUCCCCCUCUGAAUCAGUCAUAAUCAACUGUAAUCCGUCACCUCCCACCCCAGUUGUCCCCCUGUGUUUGGCAUUCACUCGCCUCAGUUUUGGAUCCUCUCGAUGAUUGAAGUGUCUGUGUUGAAUAUUAUCUACAUGGAAUCCAUCUCUCUGUCACUCUCUCUCUCUCUCAGGGCAUGUUUUGGUUUUUGGAGGGAUUGUUGCUUCCACCUUUUUUGAGGUUGCGGCUGUCUGUUUUCACACGUACAUGUUUGUUUUGCAUGUCCUCUGCUUCACCUCGAGGCUGUGUCCAGCUUGAAUAUGCAGCAUGCCUUCUCACUGCUGAGGAAAGCUCUAUAUGAGUUCACAUUUUAGGCACUGUAAAGACACCCAAACAUCCGAGAUAUCAGAAUAUCAAUUUCAUCCAAUAAUUUGCAACCGGUGUAUGUGUAUCCCAGAGGAUGCUUUGCUGUAACUAGGGCAGUGGUUCCCAACCUUUUUUGGCUCGUGACCCCAUUUUAACAUCACAAAUUUCUGGCGACCCCAGACAUU